AUGUCUCUACCUCCGGGCAUUCUCCGCACGCUACUCUGUAUCUUCUUCUGUGUUUUAAGGGUAGUAGAACUGUCGGAAAUUGUCUCUUUUAAAAGACCAACGUCUCAAAGCAGCAAUUACACUCUACCAAAUGAGAACAGAAUCGUCCACACAUCUGAGAAUGGCGUGGAUGGAAACAGAAGGCAAACGUUAUUAAGCAAUUCAUGUACGCACCAGGCUGAUGGACAAGAGGAGGCGUGGUGGAGAGUAGACCUACAGAGACAAGUCACCGUAGAAAAAGUCCAAAUAUAUUACAGAGACGAGGGAUCUGUCUGGGCGGGAUGGAGAAACAGAUUCGCUGGAUACGAGAUAUACCUUUCAAACACUACAGUGAGAAACAGAGAAGAUCGAUGUUUCCAGGACAAAUCGGAAAAUGUAAACCAAAUUCAAAGUAUUGUCACCCAUGAAGAAUGCAACGGAACCGCGCAGUAUGUUACAAUAUACAACACCAGAAACCAGCCAAAAAGACAAAACUGGUACAGUUCGUUCGCUUUCUUAGAACUAUGUGAAGUUGAAGUGUACGGAUGUGAAAGCGGGAAAUACGGAAACAGAAACUGUGACCACAACUGCUCCCCGAAUUGUCUAGGUGGUGUCUGUCACCCAAGUUCGGGAAAUUGUUUAUUUUGUGUUAAUGGUUUGUAUGGUGCUUCCUGCACAGAAGUGUGUGGUCAUUGUGAGAGUAAAGAUUGUGAUCUGGACACCGGUAACUGUGACACAUGUUUAGCACACUGGGCAGGUCAACGCUGUGACCGAAAAGUUGGGUUCGGCGAAAAACAAACACCGGUAGUGAGACAAUCAGGAGGCAACAUCAUUGAUGAAAGACCUGAUACUGUUGGAAUUGUAGUCGGAGUUGUGGUUGUGGUUGUGGUUGUGGUUGUCCUAAUUCUCAUAACAACGAUAGUCUGUAAAGUCAAACGGUAA